AUGACUUGCUCGAUUAAACGGCUCUCGAAGGAGUAUCAUUUCCUUCAGAACCCUGUCAAUCGUGUCUGCGAGGUCUACGCGGCCCCACUUCAGGAUAACAUUUUUGUUUGGCAUUUUACUAUUAAAGGGCCAGACAACGACGAGCUGGGCUACUCGGAAGGUCUUUACCACGGGGCUUUGCUAUUCCCUCGCACCUAUCCCUUUGCGCCCCCUGAUAUUCAAUUUUUUACCCCCAGUGGACGCUUUGAAACGCACACGAAAAUUUGCUCAACUAUCAGCAGCUACCAUCCUGAGCGAUGGCAGCCGACGAUCGACGUGAGCACCAUCCUCAUCGCCCUGCGGAUGUUCAUGGAGCAAGAGGGAGAUAUUGGCAGUGGCGGCAUCAACAGUUCGAAUUACUCCCGCCAUGAUAAGCAAAAGAUGGCGAAAAAAAGUAGGGACUACAUUUGUAGUGAAUGCGGGUGUAGUUCGCAGGAAAUUUGGGAAAAAGAGAUGAGCCUGUAUCCCAGGAUCGCCGUGGAAAAAAAAACCUCCGUGGAGGGAAUUUCUUCUCAGUCGCCUUCCGGGGUAGCGGUGGCAUCAAAUACCAAGGAGGAAUCUGAAGUUGUGAAUGCGAUUUCUCCAACGCAGGGAUUAGAAGAUUCAGAAAAGGAUCCACCACCCGGCAAUGAUAACUUUAUCAGAAGUAGAGAUGGAAGUAGGGAAACAUCUGUAGAUGCUGACAAAACGGUAGAAAAGGACGAGAAGGAGGUUGAAAACCUAGUUGAUUGCUCACCAGACACCCUUAUUCAUUCUGUAGAAGUUGUGACCGAUGCGGAAGCCACUCCCCACCUGACAGAGCCCGCAAAGAUGGAAGAAACGCUAGGUUGCUCAGAUGACAAUGAGAAGGUCAAUUUACCAGUGGCUAAUGUAACUGAGAAUUCGAACACUGAAGGAAGGCGAUCUGAAAUGCAGGAGAGCGCUCCUUCAUUCCCCUCCGAUGUGGAGGCAGAGGAGAACUUACCCACCAUGCCCGAAAGCGUGGAUGCAGAUUCUUCCAUUCAGCUUGUUAUGAAGCAAGGUCCUGUUGUGGAGGAUGCUGGAGUAGAUUGCCUCGUUAAGGAUGAGCAUUCCAAGAAAGCCAUGCCGACCUCUGAAGGCACUGAGGGUGGUGCAAACUGUAUGAACUAUGGUACUAAUCAUAACAAUAGGGCUGCAAUGCGAGGGGUUGACAAUGAUAUGUCAGCAGAUAAAUUUGAUCUGGAAUGUGAAGAGCGUCCGGCGUUAGGAGCUGCAUGCUGUGCAGCUGGAACCACCACCUCUAACGUGGAGUCCGAUGAAAGCAAAAACACAUCUGGAGAGAAUGGACAAAAAAACAAUCAGCAAGAGGGAGAGACCACAAAAAAGGAAGAACUUCCCAAGCCGCAGCCGAGCCUGGAGGUGGAAAUCGCCUCCUUGUCGAUAAGGAUUUCUAUUCGAUCUCUGGAUUGGCUGAUAAACAUUUGUGCAAUUAUAGUGGGCCUUUUCUGGUUACACCGCCUGUCUGUAAUCCUUUUUCGCUAUUACUUCAGCGGCAUUAAUGUGAGAAGCGCAUAA